UUUAAAUUUUUAAAUCAGAUUUAUUACCUAAGUUUUAAAAAUAAAGGUAGGACAUUGGUAGCUGUUUUGAUAUUAUUUGACUGGUUUAAGAACCUGGCCAGAAAUAGUGACUAGUGCGACCUUGUGUGUGUGUGUUGUGUUCCAUCAGCGUCUAUUUAUAGAGGAGGAAACAAAACGAACAUUUCCAUUCGUUUGCGUCGAUAGUCCAUACAAGAGAGGAGGACUAUGUGCUUUUAAGCACAGAUCCUCUUAAAAAGCCAGGACAACAGCAGUUUUUAAAAAAGAAAAAAGAAAACAAUAAGCCGAGAAAAAACUUUCGUCUUCCAUUUCGCUCACGAAAUGGAUGCAAAACGGCGUUCAAUUGCGGCCGUUUGGCCGUUACUACUUCUUCUCUUGCUGGCCGUUUGGAGUGGAGUGAGUCAGGCUCAUGUGUCUCUAACGUUCCCGCCAGCCAGACAGCCCGCAUUGGAUUUUCUAGACUCCGGACGUACUCCACCACCGUGCGGCGUGCCAAAAGGGACCCUCAAGACAUCGAUUCUAUCCGGCUCGUCGUUCAAUGUCACCUGGCACCUGGGCUACCCACACCGCGGCGGCUACAGGAUCCAGGUGCUGGACUCGCGAGAGAAGCCCAUUUUGGAUUUGACUCACGCUGGCCAACCGAAUAAGACCAACAGUUCCGUCUUCGUGGAAGGCGACCCGACCGCUUUGUCCUAUCUGGUCCAGUUGCCAAAAAAUCUCGAAUGCCGUGACUGCACCAUCCGUCUCAUCCGCCAGGCUUCCGAAUGGGGCAAGAGCUACAUGUUCUGGAGCUGCGCUGACGUUGACAUCAUUCCUCGUCCGGAAUAUCGCGAAACUUGUUCGGGUCACGGCAAAGACAUUGCGGGACGCUGUCGCUGCAACCCGCUCUAUUCGGGACACCGUUGCCAAUACCGGGACGAAUGCAGCGAAGACAAGGACUGCGGACGUCACGGCAAGUGCGUCAAUCUGGAAGCCACCACCCACCCCAAGAGGCAGUGCUUUUGCGAGAUGGGCUGGUUUGGACCCCAAUGCAAUAAACAAUCGCCGGUGAAGGAUCCGAGCAUCAUCAACUUUGCCGAUUACCGCAAGGAGGUGAUGAGCGACGCCUUUGAAUUUUACUGGCGAGUCUUGCGCAACUCGCAAGAACUCGAGGCCGUCAUGGUGGUCAAAGGCGGGACCAGUUACGCGGCCGUCGGAUGGAGACCCCUGGCUCUCACCGCCGCCUGCAAAGGCUUCCCAAUCCUUGAAGACAUGCCCGUCGAGGCCACCAAUCAAACGGAUCUGCAUCAACAUCACCCGGCGUCUUUAUCGUUGCCGUUGAAUGCCGCUCCGUCGUCCGAGUCGGCAGCUGUGCCUGAACCUGAACCUGAGCCUGAGCCCGAGCCGACGGUCGAAGAAGCUAAACCUGAACCGGUGGCGGAAGAAGCCAAACCCGAACCGGUGGUGGAAGAAAAAGCCGAAGCCAUUGCUGAACCCGAGCCAGUAGCCGAGCCAUCCGUAGACAUUUUACCAGAGGCCACAACCGGGGCCCCAUCAGCUGCCAAUCACAGUGACCAUCACGAACAUGGCGACCAUUCGGCGGAUCAUCCGAAUGCCGAAUUGCCUACUGCCAAACAAGUUUCGGGUAAUAACGACAAACGGGAGGAUUUGACUGAAAGUCCGACCGAGAUUCGCAUCCCGACUGUCACGACAACUAGAAAGCCACGCCCUAAAUUGCCCGUGCUUGGUCGCUCUCCACUUGCUCCGAAAACGAGCCCAACAACGACGACAACAACAGCAGCUACAACAACAACAACGACGUCAUCAUCUUCAACCACCGAGGCUAGCGCAGCGGAAGGUGAAGGAGAAGUGGCGCCGCAAGUGUCGACGACCACCGGCGCCCCAACGACAACCAAAAAGUUAUCACCGUUGGAUCGAUUGAUCGCUAAGAACAAACUCAACAGCCGAAACGCAGCGACAACAGAGAAACCGGCAGUAGUGGAGCCUCUCGUUCAAGCUAAAGGAUCAGUGACUCGCAUUCAACUCUCGGACCUUCCGGAAGCCGGAAUCAGCACCGGAGUAGGCGGAAAGAGAUCGGCCAGAAAUGUGGUCGAUCAAGAAAUCCUUUCGUCGUUGGCGGACGCUACUCGGCGUGGAAGACAAAUGCCCAUCGGACCGGUAGCUUUCCCUGGCCCACGAUUGAACACCUUCAAUAGCCCGACCAGCUCUGUAUCAGUUCAACCUGCCGCUCCUAGAUUCCCGAAACCCAAACCUGGUUUCAGUCCACCAAGUGGAUCAGAUGGAUGGAUCCCAAUGGCUCCAUCGGGUAGUCUGGCAUCUCCUACUCCAGUCAAAAGCAUUGAGCCGUCCGUUCCGGUUGUGGACAGUCCCAAUGACCGGAUGGAUGACAUUGCUGAAGAAAUGUCUGUUCCCUUGAUGGUUUCGGCUGGCCGCAAUACGGUCACUGUGUCUCCAACAACAUUCGCCGUGACACCCAAAUUGAAUCUGAAAGCGGGACCCACCCAGGUGAAACCGACGACAACAACAACAAUGAAACCGACUGAGCCGGAACCAGAGCCGGAACCGUCAGUGGAGCCUUCGCCGGAACCGGAAACGUCACCAGAACCGGCUCCUGAGCCGUCCCCCACUGAAAUCGUGAAUGAAUCAAAAGCCAAACCUACGGAACCCGAACCCGAACCCAAACCCGAACCUAAAACCGAACCCAAACCCCAACCCGAACCUGAAGUAACAGCUCCUGAACCUGAAGUGGCAGCUCCUGAACCUGAACCCCAACCCGAAUCAGCUCCUGAGCCAGAGCCAGCCGCAGAGCCUGAGCCAGCCGCAGAGCCUGAGCCAGCUGCAGAGCCCGAGCCGGCUCCUGAACCGGCCCCUGAGCCUAAACCAAAAUCGGAAGUGGAUGGACACGACCAUAGCGCACACGACCAUAGCGCACACGACCAUAGCCAUGGCGGCAGUGGACAUAGCCACGGCAGUGGACAUAGUCAUGUUCACGAUCACAGCUCUCACGAGUCGGAGCCAACGAAUUACAAACCAGCCCACAAAUACGCUCCCCGAGGCGACUUUAGUCCGAUGGAUUGCACGGAUAUCGUGAUCGGUAUGGCUCGCGGCAAUUAUUCGCGGAUUGGCGAUUAUUACACACGCGACAGAUCGACGCCGCAGCUGGACAGUUUCUACGGUGGGCGACAGGACUUGACGGCCGCUUUGGGUUUCGAACGCGACGGCCAGACGAUCAUCCUCUUCCGUCGCAAAUUGAAUUCCAGCGACGAAGCGGAUCACAUUAUCGGCUCUGAGCCCAUGCAAGUCAUUUGGGCGAGAGGUCAAGAGCACGGAAAGUACGUCCAUCGUCCUGCAUCCGGAUUGGAGAAGGAGUCGGCCUCGAUCGCCGAUUUCUACAAGCCCGACGAAUUGAAAUACCACGGGCAAGGCGACCAACGAGGUGUCACUGUCAUCAAUUUUAUAGAACCACCAGCCAAGGUUGAUGUCGUUAAGAAUGAAAGCAAUGCUGGAGGUGAUCAUCAACAUGGACCAUCGGGCGCUGGCGAUCAUCAUCAUCAACAUGGGAGUGGCACCAAACACGUUCACAAGAGUUCGGCUCUGUGCGGAGGCGAAUGGAAGUACCCCGUGUCGUGUGAUCCAUUCGAAAUGGACUGCACCUACUACGCCAAAUGGGAGUAUCUGGAAUUCAGCGACCAAAUUCGUUUCACCAUUACGGCCAAUCACACCAACCGCUGGGUGGCCAUCGGUUUCUCCGAGACCACUUCUAUGCCUCAAACGGACGUGGUGCUCGGCUGGGUCGACGCCAAUGGCCGCGCCUUUGUUGGCGACAUGUGGGCCGUCGGCUACACGGCUCCCAAAUUAGACGACAGCCAGGAUUUGAUCAACGCAACAGGUCGAAUCGAGGAUGGCAAGACAACGUUAACGUUCCAACGCCAACGGCUCACCAAAGACAAGGCCCAGGACGUCCAAUUUACCGACGACACUUGCCUCUACUUUAAAUUCCCCGUCAACGGCGGAACUCGCAACGCCGUCAACAAGAAAAUUGGCAAACAUUUGCAAACACCUUUCAUUUCAUCCGACCGUGUUUGCAUCCGCUCAUGCGGAUUAGGAACAGGAAAUGUUAACGGAAUUAGUUACACAACGACGCCGCCGCCACCUACUAUUGCUUAUAACAUCGGCUUGAAAAUGGUCGGUUUAGCAAACGAUUUCGAAGUGCCACAGAUGGGUACCCCCGAGUUCAACGAGCUGGCCCGACGAUUUGGACAACAGGUGGAAAACGCCCUGCAAGCUGGAAAAGUCCCCGGAUUGAAAGAAGCUGCCGUAACGGAAUUUUUAGAGGAGGAGGGAGGUUUGGUCGCCAACAUGAUUGUCGUGCUGGACAAGAAAUCGACGGAGGAAUUUGAACAAUCGUCUGAUCUGAAAGUUGAGACCGAGGACUUUGUCAGAACGGCACUGCGAGGCGCCAUAGCCAGCGGCCAAGUUGGCGGCAUCCGGGUGGACCCAUCCUAUCUCAAAUUCGAAACUACUUUAGAUGCUGACUCACUAGAUCCGCUCGAAGUGUCUGGCCGUGGGUGGAAUUCAAGUUUGACCACCAUCAGUUUGUACUGCGUUAUUGGCUGCAUCAUCGUCUUGGUCAUUAUUGCCAUCAUCCAGGCUUCGUGCACCAUCUACAAAGUCUCCCGCAAGUCACCCUCUUCAGUCAACAAGGAUCAGGUGGCUGUCAAUUGGCGUGAUUACUCUUCAACCAACUACGCUUAUGAGCCAUUCGAGACGGACGAGGCGUUGAGAGCGGCGGCCGUUUUAGCUGCCAACGGGAGCAACGGACACACGAUGAUGACGGCCAGCACCACCAACGGACCGGCUCCGAGGGCCAUGCAGAGGCCGCCAUCCAAUGGCAGUUUGCAGUCAAAGGCGACAGCUGAUCGAAAUAGCACUUACUCUUUACCCCACAAAGCCAAUCCACAGCCAAUGGGCAAUGUUGGUCCAGUCGCUCAACCGAACGGGCGACCCAGGACCCACUCGAGCACUUCAGUCCACCAGCCCGAUUUCUACUUCAUGCCUUCUCAACGUCGUUACUCUGGUUACGCAGAUUAAAUGAAUAAUGUAGGGUAUAGACUGUUGAUCAUAUCAAACGGAAACAAAGAAAAACAAAAAAUAUUAAGCGCAAAAUGAUUCUGCCUCUUUCUGACCAUGUCAUUCGUGUUCCGUCCAUUCGAUUUUGUUUUUAAAUAGAAAAAAAUAAGAUUAUACGAAGUAUUUCCUCAUCGUUCAUGACAAUAAUGUGAGUGCGUCUUUUAUGUAAGUGUUUCCCCCCCCUCCAAACAUUGCGAUGGCCUUAUACGAAAAUAUUAUUCAGUGUUUUGAAAAAUUGAUAAAAGUCCGGCUCAAUGUGUACAUAUAACAACAUAUGACAAAAUAUGAAAUUAACCAGAGCUCGAAAUACACCGUCUUUUUACAUCCA